AUGGCAUUGCUCAUCUUAUCAACAAUUUUUGUCAUAUUGCUCAGCUUCAUAGUUUAUAUCCUAAUUGCCAGAAGGGAACGAUUUAAAUUACGCGAAAAAAUCGGCUUAUCCGGACCCGAACCCCAUUGGUUUUUGGGAAAUUUAAAGGAGAUUGUAGAAAUUUAUUUUGGAGCACAAAUGAACAUUGUGUUGUCAAAUGAAGAGGAUAUUAAGGAAGUUUUUAUCAAAAAUUUCUCGAAUUUUUCCGAUCGAAUUGUGCCUCCAAUUUUCACGGAGAACAAUUUGAACAGUUCAUUGCUCCAAAAUACGUAUGCAACCGGCUGGAAACAUACGAGAUCCACAAUUGCACCGAUUUUCUCAACUGGAAAAAUGAAAGCGAUGCAUGAGACGAUUAGUUCGAAAAUUGACACUCUUUUAGAGAUUUUAGAGGAGAAAUCAAUGGGAAAUGAGCAAUGGGAUAUUUAUGAUUUCCAAGGUCUAACCCUGGAUGUAAUUGGAAAAUGUGCAUUUGCAAUAGACACCAACUGUCAACGAGACCGAAAUGAUGUAUUCUACGUUAAUGCGAGGAAAUUUAUUCAGAAUAUUGAUAUAAGACACAGUAAAGUUAUCAGUUCCUCGUUCAUUCUUCCGGAACUUUCUUGGCUUUGGAGAUGGAUGUACAAGUAUACAGCACUGGCAGCCGCUGAAAUUCCAUUGGUUCAAGGAUUGGAAGAUGUAUACGAAAGAAGACGUUCCGGAGAAGGAUCGGAUAGUGUGGACCUUCUAAAAUUGCUCCUAGACCGGGAAGACGAUAAAACCAAAGAGAAAAUGACAAAAAAGGAAGUAAUCGAGAAUUGUUUCGCAUUUUUAUUGGCCGGAUACGAGACGACGAGUACCGCAAUGACAUAUUGCUCAUAUUUAUUAGCCAAAUACCCAGAAAUUCAAAAAAAAUUGUGGCAAGAAAUCAAAUUGGUGAAAAAUGAGGGGACAUUGGAUUACGAUUCAAUUCAUUCGAUGAAAUAUUUGGAUGCUGUUUAUAAGGAAACACUUCGAUACUAUCCACCCGUUAUUCAUUUCAUCAAUCGAGUGUGCCUCUCCGACAUUGUAAUUCGCGGUCAACUCUAUCCCAAAGGGUCCGUGGUCAUUGCCCAACCCAACACAAUCCAUCGCUCCGAAUCCAAUUGGGAACACCCGGGUAUUUUCGAUCCGGAUCGAUUUUUGGCUGAAAAUUCAAAGCUGGAAAAAUCAUCAAAUUUAAAAUGGAUUCCAUUCGGUGUGGGACCCAGAUAUUGUGUUGGAAUGCGUUUCGCUGAAAUGGAAUUCAAAAUGACGAUUGCAAAAUUAAUCGAUAAAUUUGAAUUGGGAAUUCCAAUGGGAGAGCCGGAUUUGAUUCCUGAAAAUAAUGGAAUCAUAUUGCGGCCCAAGGAUCCAGUUAGGCUCAAUUUGAAGCUAAGA